AAUUGCCUUCGGAAUAUUACGUUUAUCGAAAUAAUCCGUACGCAAAUGACAACUGUGUUGGAAAUGUCCAGUCGCCAACAUUUGUAUCCAACAAUAGCGACAUCUAAUGAUGAUAACGAUACAGAAUCGAAAACAUGUGGAAAGAUUCUUGUUGUUUUAUCGUGGAUUUUAGUAGUGGUCACGAUGCCUUUUUCCCUCUUCGUGUGUUUUAAGGUCGUUCAGGAAUACGAAAGGGCCGUUAUAUUUCGGUUGGGACGGCUCCUAACAGGAGGAGCAAAAGGCCCUGGAAUAUUUUUUAUUCUGCCAUGCAUUGACUCUUACGCGAGGGUAGACCUGAGAACUAGAACCUACGACGUUCCACCUCAAGAGGUACUCACAAAGGACUCCGUAACUGUAUCUGUGGAUGCUGUGGUAUACUAUAGAGUGCAUAACGCUACAAUAUCCAUAGCGAACGUAGAAAACGCUCAUCAUUCGACACGCCUCUUGGCUCAGACCACGCUUCGUAACACUAUGGGCACUAGACCUCUACACGAAAUACUAAGCGAACGGGAAACCAUUUCAGGAAAUAUGCAAAUCUCUUUAGACGAGGCAACAGAAGCAUGGGGCAUUAAGGUGGAACGAGUUGAAAUUAAGGAUGUUCGCUUGCCCGUGCAACUGCAACGAGCAAUGGCAGCUGAGGCUGAAGCCGCGCGGGAAGCUCGAGCCAAGGUGAUUGCUGCUGAAGGUGAGCAGAAAGCGGCCCGAGCCCUUCGCGAAGCCUCCGAGGUUAUCGGUGACAGCCCCGCAGCCCUACAACUCCGUUACUUACAGACUUUAAACACAAUAUCUGCUGAGAAGAACUCAACGAUUGUAUUCCCGCUGCCCAUCGACCUCCUUACUUACUUCAUAAAGGCUAAAGAGUAUCCAUCUCAUUAACUGAAUUUGGUAAUUGCUAUAUAAAUGAAGAUAUACGUUUUGAUUAUAUAAAACAAUCAAAAAUAAUCAUAAUAGUAUAUAUGUACCUUUGUUUAUCAGAAUAAUGACAAAUCAAAGGACGCUAGUACAAGAUUGAUCGAAAUGACGUAAUUGGCAAAUCGUGAAAAAAAAAUCCAUACUACAAAGUAAUAGUAAUCUCCAAUACUUGACUGUUGAAUUCAAUGGACGUAGAGUCACAGUUAUUCAGUGUUGUGAAUUGCCGAAAAUUAAGUUAAAUUAGGAACACAAAACAGUACGUUUAUACAUGUACAAAUGUGGACAACCUUACGUAUAAUUUCGAAACUGUAGUGCAGGAAAAUAUUCGAAGAUAUUAAGGCCAUAAUAUUUAACCUGCCGUGCAGUUUUCUUUUAUUUGAUCAAGCUUGUACUGGCCCUACAUACGUCGGAACAAUUUAAAAAGUGUUUUUUAUGUAAUAUGUAUAAGAUAUAUAUAUAGAAAUAUAGAAUAUAUAUAAGAAAAUACAGAACUCUGCUAGUUGACUAGCCAAUAUGCUAAUGUUUACAUAUCAGUGUGUAUCGAUUAUUAAUCUUCGUAAUGGUAAAAUAAAUUCAUGUCAUGUCGCUUCAAUCAAAUUUCUCUUUCUCUUUGUCGUUUUGUAAAUCAAAUUUUUAAAUACUUACGUCUGCUAAUUUAUGAAUAAAAUAAA